GAAGCUGAAUGUUACGCCCGUUCAAGGAGAGCAAAAAGUUCCCGAGUCUGGACGCUGAACUUCCGUCCGAAGAGAUAUUCAUGCGAUCCCUGCAACUCCCUUCCGAGAGGAACCCUACCGUAACGAACUGCGUGGAGGGGCUGGACCCUUCGACUUUGGCCGCCCGCGCAUCAUGCCCGGUGUCGAUCCAAUGGGCGCAAGGAACUGCACCUGCCGCUCGCUUCUAGCUGCUAUUGGUGCUGCCUGCCGGUGCAGGCCUUCAAUGUGCACCGUGCACGCGUUCCUUGAUGGAAACGCUGACGGAACCGCCUGUAGCAACAGGCAAGGUCCAACCCACGCGACGGACCUGGGACAACAAUGUUGACGUUAUUCAGUUCCUUUGAUCCAUCGGCAAGCUCCAAUCUUCAACAUCACAACAACAACUCACAAAAGCGCGCCUUCGCCAAUGGAAACGGUCAGGGACUGCCACGCUUUUCAAUUUGCUUCAUGUUGAUCUAGAAUCGGAUUCCAAUAAGCCAACACCUGGUUGCGGCCAAUAUAUCCUUAAGCGGCGACACAAACACUAAUAACACUUGCUGCUAUGCGUCUAUCAGCAACAGAUACCCUACACCUCAAGGAAGCUCUGCAAAAUGCAGUCGUGAAAUGCUCUGAGCGUUGUCUUUACCAAUCCGCAAAAUGGGCCGCCGAGCUUCUCGAUUCGGUUCCUGAUCCAGUGCUAAGUGAUUUGGAUCAAAAAGAAGCCGUGGCAGGACUCCAAGGAUAUCAACACCCGGCCGUCUCCGCCAACCCAGACCCCGUAGAAGCUGAGCUGGAGGCUAAGGAGCUCAGCAAGUAUCUGCUCGCCAAGUCCUUCUUCGAUUGCAAGGAGUUCGACCGUUGCGCUUCCGUCUUCUUGCCAGAUUCCCUCCUCUCCGGCCUACUAUCCACGAAAGCCACGGAUGCUACGACACCCAAAGGCAAGGCCAAGGCAAGCUCUGCGCCGCCGUACGAGCAGGCUCUCCCCUCUCUCAGUCAGAAAAGCUUGUUCUUGGCCCUCUAUGCCAAAGUCAUUUCCGGAGAGAAGAAGAAGAACGAGGAGUCGGAGAUGAUCAUGGGUCCCCAGGACCUGGGCACCAUCAAGAAUAGCCAUCUGGUUGUUGUCAGCCGCUUCCUCGAGAGGUGGUUUGCCGAGCGCAAAGCCGAGGACUCGGAUUUGCCGCCAAGUCAAGGCUUCCUCGAGUAUUUAUACGGCAUGGUUAUGGUUAAGGAGAAGAACGAGGACGCCGCGUUAGAUUACCUUCUCAACAGUGUCCAUCUGUUUCCGUGGAACUGGGGCGCUUGGCUUGAGCUCACAAAUCUCAUCUCAGGGGUCGAACAGCUCAACAAGAUAACCCCUGUCCUCCCGCAAAACAUCAUGUCUUUUAUCUUCUACGCCAACACGGCGGUUAAUCUGUAUCAACAGGGGCAAGAUCUAGCUGCCUCUGUCAACGAUCUCCUGAAGCUUUUCCCGACGUCUUCCUUCAUUCUAACCUGUAGGGCGCUUUUGAACUACCACUCCAAGGACCUGUACACGGCCGAACAAAACUUCAGUAACUUGCUUGCGUUACAUCCCCAUCGUCUCGAUUCACUGGACCACUACUCCAACAUCUUAUAUGUCCUCAACAUGCGCCCAAAACUAGCAUUUCUGGCGCACCUUUGUUCCAGCAUUGACAAGUUCCGACCCGAAUCGUGCGUCGUCAUAGGCAAUUACUACUCCCUUUUAUCUCUCCACGAAAAGGCCGUACAGUACUUCCGCCGAGCUCUUACCUUGGACCGCUCUUGUCUCUCUGCCUGGACGCUUAUGGGCCACGAAUACGUCGAACUGAAGAACACACACGCAGCCAUUGAAUCAUAUCGGCGUGCUGUUGAUGUCAACCGUCGCGACUACCGCGCCUGGUACGGUCUUGGCCAGACAUAUGAGGUGCUCGAGAUGAAUUCCUACGCUUUAUACUAUUACAAAAAGGCUGCCGGGCUCAGGCCUUGGGACGGCAAGAUGUGGCAGGCCGUCGGGUCAUGCCUGCAAAAAAUGGGCAAAGACAGGGACGGCAUAAAGGCGCUCAAGAGGGCACUACUAGCGGAUAGCUACUAUGACUCUACUUUGAGCAGCUUUGGGAGUGCGGGACCUGCAGACAGGAUGGCGCAGAUGGAUCCAGAAGUGUUGCUACAGAUUGCUAGCAUGUAUGACCGCCUGGGUGAGGUCGAGGAGGCUAGGGCAUAUAUGGAGCUUUGUGUGGCACAGGAGGAUGGAGGAGCCACGGACAAUGCGGAUGCUUCAGCUGUUUGCACCUCGAAUCCCGGCGAAUCCUUCGUCGUUCAUGGUGAUUCGCCUGGGUCGGACGGGGAUGCAGAGGGAGGGUACGAAGGGCGUGGUGGAGCUGGGCAGGGAGAAGGGACUGGAGUGACAGUAGCCACAAGCAAGGCACGUAUGUGGCUUGCCAGGUAUGCAAUGAGAACGGAGGACUACGUUACGGCUAACCGGCUGGCCACGGAGCUGUGCCAGGAUGGAGUCGAGGUGGAAGAGGCCAAAGCGCUCAUUCGAGAGGUUAGGUCGAGGAUGGAACUCGCUGAUUUGACGGAGCGCUAGAAGCCGCCUUCUUUGGCGUUUCCCAAUAUUGAGGAGUACUUGCCGUCGGCAGCAAUGAUUCGUAUUGGUAGCAACGGCGGCGGGGGACCGAAGCUGAGGAGGGUUCCAAGAUCCCAACGAUACUACGAGAACAUCAGCACCAUACCACCAUUGACCGACCAAGGAAGUGGUAUAUAUGAGGAUCCAAGUCAGGAAAGUGAUGAUGAUGAUGAUGAUGAUGAUGAGAAUGGGGGAAAUGAUCGCCACGAUGAUUGGUCGGGCGAAGACUACCUGACGGAUGGAUACGAUGAUGACGAUGUUGACGACGACGAUGAUGAUAACGGCGGUGCUCCUACGAAUGCAUGAAAAUUCCCAUCAUUAUUUGGGUCUCGGAGCGCGUGUGGGUAGCUGGUGUGCCUCUCAAGGUAUCUUUACACCUUGGUCUUGCGCAGUGUGUAUAAUGCUCAUCCUGAACCUGGUUUAUUCUGGCCCUGUUGCAGACUGCAUGCCUCCAAAAUCUUCACUGCAGCCUUGGUUUGGUCAAGCGUGGUGGGAGAAUUUUCGCUUUUGCUUGUCACCUCCUAUUUUUGGUUGUAUAAGAUGUGCAAGACCUGCUUUGGGUAUCACAGAUGCUGUGAAAGCAAUGGCAGAGCAUGAUGACCAUGGUCAAGCUCCAAGCUUCCCGUACAUUCUCAAAGAUCACGCGGUCACAAAGUAACGGUCAUCAAGGCGGAGUGACGAUCCCAGUUCAUGAGACUUGGUUGCAUGAAAUGUGGUUAACAUCUAUAUAUGAGGUUGCAACCGACCCAGUCGUGUGUUGUUCCUCAAGCUCUUCUGUUGUCGGAUUGCAGCAAUAUUAUCUUUUUCCGUG